CCUCCUCUCCCGGCGGUGCGGGUCGCGCGGGCUGCACGGCCGGGGUAGCGGGGCUGCCCGCCUGGGGCGAGCCCGGCGUGGGCGCGGGCCGCGCGCGGGGUGGUUUCCCGGGCCCUGGCUGGCGGGGUCGCUGUCCGUCUGUCGCCGCGCGUAGUCCAGCCCUUUGGAAGGCGCCGGGCGCCCGUUCUCGUUCCUCCAGAAGCCGGCGCGCCCCCGUGGGCUUCGGGCGCAGCGUGCGGCCAGCCCCGCGCGGGGCGCGGCUCUCGGCUGCCGCCGGGUUCUCGGGGCUCCCACGGCGGGCCCCGCGGGCGCAGACCCCCGGGCUCCGGGCGGCGCCCGUCCUUGGGUGCGGAGGCGCUGAGCUCUGCAGGCUCCGUGUAGCCAGGUGCUCUGUUCCCUCGCCCACAGGCCCCGCCGCCAUGAAGGUGAAGAUUAAGUGCUGGAACGGCGUGGCCACUUGGCUCUGGGUGGCCAACGACGAGAACUGCGGCAUCUGCCGGAUGGCCUUCAAUGGCUGCUGCCCGGACUGCAAGGUGCCGGGCGACGACUGCCCCCUGGUGUGGGGCCAGUGCUCACACUGCUUCCACAUGCACUGUAUCCUCAAGUGGCUCAACGCGCAACAGGUGCAGCAACACUGCCCCAUGUGCCGCCAGGAGUGGAAAUUCAAGGAGUGAGGCCAGCGCUGCGCCCGACGCCCCCUCCCCUCGCCCCAGAUGGUGUCCUGACACUCCCGUCCCCCCCAUGGGACUGGAUGGCCAUGGUCUCUACCAGGAUGGUCCUUUCUGGGCUGGGAUAGGGUUGAUGUGAGGACCAGAGCUGCAUUUGUCUUUUUCCAUCACAGUGUUGACACUAUCAUCCACUAAGUGAAACUCAUUAAACUCCCAAGUCGCUGGAGGCA